UCGUUUUUCCAAGCCUUGUGCAAGAGUCGGGACCCAGUGUUGUGAUGGCGGCGCGGUGGGGAGGACGCCGCCGAGAAUAACCUCCCUCGGCCAAGAAUAACCCUUCCCGCACCACCCCGCGGCGACCUUGGCGGGGACGCUGACGAGGACUCACUCAGGGGGCGGGACAGUACAAAAAAUUGGGCAAGAUGUCAUCAAUCAGUGAGACUUCAGUUUGGCUCAAGUUCUUCACGGAGGCCGGCAUCCCUGCUGGCGAGGCGACCAACUAUGCUAUCAUUUUUACUGACAACCGUAUCAAGACAGACAUGCUUCUGGACUUGAACCGGGAGUAUCUCAGGGAUAUGGGGAUCACAGUUAUGGGUGAUGUAAUUGCCAUCCUAAAGCAUGCAAAGGCGUACUCUGGCCAGUUGUCCCGCCAGAAGGUGCUACAGGCUACCCCAGCCACUCCCGUUCAGCCGGAAGUUUCUGUCCCACCCCCAGUUACUAAAAAAAGCACUCCAGCCACCAGGAUGCUGGAGCAUUAUGUCAGAAAGGAAGGGCCACCCCCUUCACCACCCACCACCAGCACCAGUCUGUCUCAAUCUCUCUCUUCCCGGCUCAGUUCUGGUACCAAGCGGCCUCUGGAGGAGGAUGACUCAGGAAACAGCGGCAAGAGGAGUUCAGUGUUCAACAGGCUUGGGGACAACUCAGUCACCAGCACCACCACAGAGAACCCCAAGAUCACUAUCACCAUGCAUGGAAAGGAUGUUAUGCUCCGGUCUCCUCCAGCAAUGGAUAAUGGCUCCAAAAAGUCAUCCUCUGUGUUUGGCCGCUUAGUAUUCAAUGAGGACUCGGACACACCCACAAGCGAACGUGAUGUGAGCAUUGGCAAGCCUCUAGAAUACCAAGGGAUACUCAAAUACACAUCCAAGGAGGGUAAUGAGAAGGUGGCUGCAGCUAAAAAGCAGCUGGCUAACAAUGACUCUACUACAGCUGUGAAUGCAGACACUACGACUAGUGUAAAGAGCAGGCUGGGUAUGCAAAAGGUUACUGGAAAUGUGGCAUGUGCUAGUGCUGGAAUAUUUGCAAGGGAAACACAAGAAGCCAUGAAGUCAAGUAAGCCUACCAAGCUGUCUCCUGGCAACUCACUAAAGGCCAAAGUAUCUCCUGCCAGCUCACCAAAGAUCAAAGCAUCUCCUGCCAGUUCAUUAAAGGCAAAGGUAUCUCCUGCAGCAGAAGCGAAAACGACAGUAGCCAAAAGUAAGCUACUGGGAAGGACUGUGGUGACGGCACCUGCCACUUCCUCCUCCAUGCCCCCAGUGGGAGCGAAAAAGUAUGUGAAAAAGAUUGUGAAGGUCAAUAAAAAGACUGGUGAAAUUGUGAGUGAAGAAAUGAUACCUUUAAAAACAGAUGUGUUUAGUAGACUUGGAAAUUAAUGUAUAAUGUAAAAAGUUCUCUAAUUACUGGCUUACUUAGCUGGAGUUUGAGAUAUUAUCUUAAGUUGUUACUCAAGGCAAAAUCUAGUCAGUGUGAGAAUAUUUUACCAGUCCGUAAAACCAAUAUGUUUAAAGGUUUCAGAAAAAUUUGUAACAAAAUAUUAAGGAUUAACUUCAUAGUUGUGAAGAUAAUCUGCUCUUCAUUUUUGUAAAAAAAAUUCAGGACUUUGUGAAUGCAAUAGUUAUAUCUCACAACUUUCUAUAUGGAUUUUGAUCUUGAAUAACCAAAGAAUUAUUUUAAAAGUAAAAGAGAAAAUCAGAAAAUGUAAAUGUAAAUAUGCUUGAUUCAGGUGGUGUCACGAAGUUUGUGUAUUUUUGUGUGCGCGCAUGUGUGUGUAUGUGUCUGUGUGCGUGCAUGCCUGUGUGCAUGUGUGUGGUCAACACAUUUGUUUUCUUGGGUUAACCAUGUCAAGAAGCUGUACAAUGAUAAGUAUUAAUGCAAACACACAUAGAUUAUAAUGAUACAGUUAUUAUAUUUAUGAAAUUGUGUUAAUUACUGAUUUUAGUUGAGGGUUUAAAGGUUGAUCAGACAUGUAAAGAUGGUAAAUGACCCACAAGUGUAUCUAAUCUUCCCUGACCAAGAACUUGAUGUAUGACCAAUAGACUGAAUUACUGAGUUAAAAGUAGACUUGUUUUUUAUGCUUCUUGUAAUCCACAGUUAUAGUUUUGUUGCUUAUUUACAAGAGAAGGAAGCAGCUAAAAUAUUGGAGUGAUGAAAACUAAAAUGUGAGGAGUAUGUGGAGGUUGUAGACAGUCAGCUUUAUUAUAUCAGAGAACCUGUGCAAUAUAGGUCACUGUUGCCUUCUCUGAAUUAUUAUUUGAAUUGUUAAGUUACAUUUUUUGAUUGAUGAAUUACUUUAUCUUUUGGUAAAGGCAAGGACAAAGAAAACUUGCUCUAGAAAAUUUGAACAUUUACCAAUAGCCACAUAAAAACAACAUACCAGGAGCAAGCAUGUCAUUUCUCAUACUACCAGUGCAAAACAGAAUAAAAAAAAAUUAAUGCAAAGUUACUCUUGACUUCUUGAGGCUUCCACACCUACCUCUAUGCACCUGUUCAUGACUAACCCCCUCAUGCCCUACCUGCUUUCUCUAAGGGGACUAUAAUGGGAGGGAUGGUGCACUUCCAUCAUCAAGGGUGUUGAGGAAGAGGACCCAGCAAACCAGGCAAACCAAGAUUGUACUCCGUUGUUCAGUGCUACAGUUCUUGAAUUUCCAGUGGUCUGUUAGUCUAUACACUGCCAGCCUGAUGACCCACCACUUAGCAUUUCAAAGUGUUUAUCAUGGUUCAUUGUAAUAAAGCUUGGAGUAGCACUAAAAGAAGUACAUAAUACUCAAAGAGCCAAAUUACUACCACUUCAGUUAGUCAAUAUACCGAGUGAGGUGCAGGUGGAAGCCAUAUGAAGAUCACCUGUACUUUUUUUUUUUACUGGAAGUCAGAAAAAAUAAUUUGUACUGAUGGUUAUUUUUGUUAAUCAUAAAUUGACUUUGAGCAUUGCACACCAUUAUGAAAGCACAGGCAUCUCUGGGUAAUACUUCAGGAUUGUGGUUAUUGAUGAAUUGAAAGUGCUCAGCACUUUUAUGAAGGCAUAAAAUUAUUUUUUCAUAUUACAUACGAUACAUGGCAAGUACCUAUUUUCAUUGCUUGAUAUUUUUAUAAUCCUAAAAGUAGACUCAUUAUGUUCAGGCAACAAGGCAUUGCUCAGUGAUUAAAAUGAAGCUAUUAUAUAGAACCAUCCAGUAUCUUUUUACCUUUGAGAAUGUUUUAUGUUUAGUCAAGUAAAUGAGAAAUAUCGAGGAUAAAUAAAACUUAUACGGCCAGUAGGAAAAGGGUAAUUUAUAUUUCACAUUUAAUACGAGACAGUAAUCACUGUGUUCCAUCGAUCCCAGUAAAUAGGUGAACAAUUUUAUUUCUACAAAGCAUAAUUCAAUGUUAUUUACUGGGUUGUGAUUGCAUGUAAAGGAAUGCAGGGUCCAGCCUAAUAUUUAACUAAGGUAUCAAGAGUUCACAAUAGCUACACAAAUUUCAGUAUUAUCAAGGUAUUCUUCCUGUUUAAGUAAAAGUUCCAUGUCUGUGACAACAAUACACUAGGAAUGCCAUGUCUCAGCCAUUCCCUAUGUCAUAGCUUACUGAACUGUCGGCAAGAUCAUGAGUGGCACAAACCCGAAUCACUGCAAAUGCCAAUAAGUUCAAACAGCAUUUGGUAAAGUUCACCAGACCACUCCUUGAACUCUUCAAUAGAUUGCUGUUUGUAUCAAUGGAAAAGGAAUAUCAAGAAAAUAAUAACUUAUAAUGUACACCUAAGAUAAAUAAUUAGGAACUUUACUGUAAAAAGAAAACUGAGAUUUAUAUGACUUUACAGAAAUAGGAAAAGAGGUUUACUAAGUGUAGAUUAGAAGUCCAACAGUCUUUGUGGAAUAAUCUUCCACAUGGACAUGUCACAGUUGUGGACACAAACACCUAUGACCCUUGGCUUGUUGGGCAAAUUUUCAUGUACCUAGUCAAGACUUCUUUCCUUCUAGUAUUCAAUAUUAGUUACCACUGAAAUUUUGUUGAAUUUAGCCAACAUUGUCUACUUUUCAUUCCCCUCUUGCCUGUAUUUCAACAGACAAAGCAUGGAGAGAACCAAUAUCCUGACAAAUAUUGAUAAAACAAGUCUUAAGAACAUCAGUCUGACUGAUGAUGAAACUUCUGUAGUUGUCAGAGAUCCUAUGUUAAGUAACUGAUAUAAUUAUUUCAUGUUAGCUUGGGCAUCAGAAAGUCAUUAUAAGUCACUGAAAACUGAUGAGCCCAAAGCUAAGAAAGAUACAACCACACAUCAAAAUCUAUGAGACGUGUGAAGCAUUCCUUAAGUUGUAGAGCACAAGACUGAGAUAUAUUAGUAAUGUAAGUAAAGAUACAGCAGCAACCACCCCUAAAUACAUUCCAGUGUCUAUAAAUUGUACUGUAUUAGGAAGCUGACGUCCCCAUCCUCUAACUCCCUUCAUCAGAUGCUAACAUGGCACUCAGCUUAGCCUAUAAUAUCAUCACAAAGAGAGAACAAAAGUGGAUGUCUUGUGUUGUCCUUCAGGUAAGUUUCUGCCUAUUUUGAAUAAUAAAAUCUUUAACUUUGUAUUAUGUAUAUGUACUUACUUAUAUAGCUGACAAAAUAUCCUGACACCUAAAAAUCCCGGACCCCCCCUCUCAAAUAAAAAAUCAAACUAAAAUAAGUAUAUAAGUAGAUGUGUUCUCUAUGAGGUGUCGAGUGCAACAAUGGGACAAGUGUCAUGACUAACCCCCAAAAUCCUCAAAUUGCGGCUUAUGUAUAACUACACCACAACUUUUCCUCUUAGCUCCAGAAAACAAUAAAAGGUCCUACUAUCGCAAUGCUUGUAGGGCUGAGAGAGGAAAACAAGCAAUGCAUUUCCUGUUUCCCUGUCUCUCAUAGCUUUGACUCAUGGAAAGACAGGCCCCUCCUCCUCCUCUCAGUAGCACCUCCCUCUCACACCUACUCGGUAUUCUUUGGUCUUAUAGUUGAUGGGGGCAAUUUUUAUCAGUUGCCACUUAUAUGAAGUAAAUAUUUUCACUGGCUGAAGUUCUAGCACGCUGAAAUGACAGAAAACUUCAACACUUAUUUUUCCCCAGUCCAGACUUUAGGCGCUUGGCCCUUUGCUGUUUUCGACGCCUCAUCAAAUUUUUUUUUUUUUUUUUUUUUUAUUCUUUUUGUCCCUAAAUGAAAUUUCUUGAAAUUACAUGUGAAAUAUGUAAAUACAAUGUACAUAUUAAUGUCAAAUAUCAGGUUCAUCAAUUUUUCAUUUUGCAACCCCCCCCCUUUAGAGACUCCACGACUGAGUAUGAGGCAGGCAAUGCACAUUAAACGGACCAGCAUAUUUUCAUAAAUUGCUGCACUAAAUAAAACACUAAGCCAGUAAUUCAAUAUAUCCUAAGGGCAAUGGUCAACAGUAUUAACUAUUAUUAUUGUAAGUCAAUUGAUUUCGAACACACACAUACAUUUAAGUUAAUAGUUGUUAUUGAGAGAAUCACAGAUUGAAUUCAUUUCAAAACCUGGUUUUAAGACCCCAAACUUUGUGCCUAAGCUUCAGUUUUCUCCAUUGUCCAUUUUCAGAAUAAGGAAGCUGCUGGGUAGUCACUAAGCCAACGUGUGUGUGUUCCGGCACUCGCGUGGGCCAGCCACCGCUGCCACCACCACUUCCAUCACCACCUUGUACUAACCCCAUCCACAACUUAUGAUCUCUGACCCAAGAAAGCUGCUAAGUGUUGUGAUGGAAGUCUUGUGUUACACAAGAGAAUGAAUUAAAUAAAAGUUAAACGUA